AUGCAUCCAUGCAGACUACGAUUAAAAGAAGAAAAGUUAGAAGCACAUGUAGAAGUGGAAAUUGACCAUGAAGACAAACAGGAAACUGGAAAGGAAAUAUUGGAAAAUGAGGAAUUAAGUAGUGAAGCAUCAAUUACUAACAGCGAUGUUAAUAAUGAUACAGGUAUGGAUACUUCAUUUGAGAAUAACAAUUUAUUGAAGACAAAUGUGAAAGCAAAGAAUAUUAUGCCAAACAUUAAAGAUAAAGUGAAAUACACAACAGAAGUUGGUUGGAGAAGAGGAACUGUGCACUCAAGAGCUGGGAAAGCAAGUGGAAAGUAUAGGAAUUGGCUGAAUAUUGUUGAUAAAGUUGGGAAUGUUGAGAAUUUAGACAGGACAAAGGUUGAAAAGUGGGAUUUUGCUGAAAAGGUAUCACAAGAGGCUUUAAUAUGCUUGAAUAAAGCCAAUGAAAAUGACAUUAAGUCUGCCAAGGAGAAGGAAACUGGAAAGGAAAUAUUGGAAAAUGAGGAAUUAAGUAGUGAAGCAUCAAUCACUAACAGCGAUGUUAAUAAUGAUACAGGUAUGGAUACUUCAUUUGAGAAUAACAAUUUAUUGAAGACAAAUGUGAAAGCAAAGAAUAUUAUGCCAAACAUUAAAGAUAAAGUGAAAUACACAACAGAAGUUGGUUGGAGAAGAGGAACUGUGCACUCAAGAGCUGGGAAAGCAAGUGGAAAGUAUAGGAAUUGGCUGAAUAUUGUUGAUAAAGUUGGGAAUGUUGAGAAUUUAGACAGGACAAAGGUUGAAAAGUGGGAUUUUGCUGAAAAGGUAUCACAAGAGGCUUUAAUAUGCUUGAAUAAAGCCAAUGAAAAUGACAUUAAGUCUGCCAAGGAGAAGGAAACUGGAAAGGAAAUAUUGGAAAAUGAGGAAUUAAGUAGUGAAGCAUCAAUCACUAACAGCGAUGUUAAUAAUGAUACAGGUAUGGAUACUUCAUUUGAGAAUAACAAUUUAUUGAAGACAAAUGUGAAAGCAAAGAAUAUUAUGCCAAACAUUAAAGAUAAAGUGAAAUACACAACAGAAGUUGGUUGGAGAAGAGGAACUGUGCACUCAAGAGCUGGGAAAGCAAGUGAAAAGUAUAGGAAUUGGCUGAAUAUUGUUGACAAAGUUGGGAAUGUUGAGAAUUUAGACAGGACAAAGGUUGAAAAGUGGGAUUUUGCUGAAAAGGUAUCACAAGAGGCUUUAAUAUGCUUGAAUAAAGCCAAUGAAAAUGACAUUAAGUCUGCCAAGGAGAAGGAAUUGAACAACUGGAUCGAAAAUAAAGUUUUUGAUAAAGUGAAAAUUAAAAAGCAAAGUUGCAUUAGCACCAGAUGGAUUCUGACAGAGAAGAAUGUUCAUGGACAAAGAAUUGUGAAAGCUAGAUUAGUGGCACAAGGUUUUGAGGACUUUAAAAAACCAAUCCAGACAGACUCUCCAACUUGCACAAAGGAGUCAUUACGUUUAAUGUUGUCAAUUUUAGCUUGUAAGGAAUGGGACUGUAACUCUAUUGACAUUAAAGCUGCCUUUUUGCAAGAAAAACCCAUUGAAAAAGAUAUAUACCUUAAACCACCUAAAGAGUUCCAGAAAGAUGGAUAUGUCUGGAAAUUGAAUAACACAGUCUAUGGCCUUGCAGAUGCAUCUAGAACAUGGUAUUCCAGAGUAAAGCUUGGAGUUGCAGUAAGUAAAUUUGAUGCAGGAUUGUUCUACUAUCGAAAAGAUGGGCGUCUACAUGGAAUUAUGACAACCCAUGUAGAUGAUUUUUGUUGGGGUGGUACCAAACGUUUUUUAAAUAAUAAGAUUACAGUACUCCCCAUUGAUAAACACAAAGAUAAAGAUGAAUUGUUGAAUACGAAACAAAAACAUGAUUUGAGAGUAUUGAUUGGACAAUUAAAUUAG